CUCUCAGGCAGUGGAUGAAGCGGUCUGUAAUGGCACAGGUCCCAGUGGACAACCCGUUGUAAACGGACUGUACAUAACUUCUUUUCACUUCAAAAAUCAACAAAAUAUGCAGUGAUUAUGGAUGGGGAUGAGAUGGAGAUUAGCAAAGAGGAGCUCCAAAAGUGGAUCAGAAAGAAGGUAAAGAAGAAUGACCUGGUCUCCCCAGAUGUGCUAAAGAAAUACAGUCUGCUGCAGUCACUGCUGGAAAGGAGGGAGAAACAGGCUGCCCACCUCCUGAAGCUCUGUGAGUCUGUGGCAGCAUGUGAAGCGACUGUGAAGAAACAAUACUUGUUGCUAGGGUGGGAGUACAGAGACACAGAUUCUGAUGAUGAUGAUGAUGAUGAUGAUGAUGAUAUCAGUGGCUGUGGACGUACACCUCUAUCCCCAUCUGAGUCCGUUCUCUCCGAGUCUCAAGUCUGCCACCCUCCAGCUACUAAUGGUUGUACUCGUCUGUUACCAAAUCUGCUGGACAGUGAAACUCUGAAUAGAGAUGAUGGCAAAAAAAGUUCAUAUACUGUAAUAAAGGAAUCAGUGGUGGUCUUGACCAGACUGCCUGCAUCUAAGAUCAGAGCUCUACAUCUCACAGCAUCUCCAAAACACCAGCGUGAAGAUGAACCCUCAAACAAUUUGGAUUCUGAUGUACAGUGGGUACCAGAAGAUGACUUCCCUCCCUCAAGGUCAAAUAAGAGGAGAAAAGUAGAUCGAAUGUGGAAUGAAACACCUGCUAACAGUGGCGCAACGCCUAAAGCCAGGACAAGCUCUGAUGCUGAGAUCAAUGCAGCGAAAAAAAAAACAAAAGCACCCCAAGCUAAUAAAAAAACCAAAGACAAGAGCAAGUCAACAACAACAACAACAACAACAACAACAACAACACCAGCUGACGACAAUGUCACAGGAGCAAGCCGUGUGUGCAGACUAUCAGCUCCUUGCCAAUCCACGGACAAAGCCACCAAGACCCCUCCUAGCGUGUCACUAGGCGAGCUCCGUGUGACCAUGAGGGUCCUGGCCAGGAGGACGGCCAUGAGCUGGCAAAGUGGGAGAAUCGUGGAAAUACUAACAAAAGAAGAUGGUAGGUUGAAAUACAAGGUUCAUUUUGAAGAGAGGGGGAAGAGUCUCGUGUCUGGUCACCACAUCGCCUUUAAUUGUAUGCCAAAGGUGGAGCAUCUGUUUGUCGGUGCUCGUGUGGUGGUCAGGUCUCAAACAGACCUGUCCCAGUUCUACCCCGGUGUCCUGGCAGAGCUCCCCAGCAGGAAAAACCACUUGAGGUUCCUGGUCUUUACUGAUGAUCACACACCGGUCUAUGUCAGCUUACCUUUGUUUCACAUGGUGUCCAAACCAUUGACAGAUCCUUUGGACGAUAUUCCAGAUGGCGCCCACAAGGAUUUCAUGAAAGAGUAUUUGAAGAACUGGCCUUACCCACCCAUGAUCCAGUACAAGGUUGGACAGCUAAUUAAUGCAGAAUUUAAUGGAGUCCAGCAGAAGUGUGAGGUUCAGGUGGCCGACUGCAGCUUGAUAAAGGUUGUUUUUCAGGAAGAUCAACAUAAGGAGUGGAUCUACCGAGGCUCCACACGCUUGGAGCACAUUAUUACUAUGAGGGAGCAUUUGGAGUCAAAAAAAAAGAACUUGGAGAAGAAAAAAUCUACAGGCAAUCUCAGGCAGCCGAAAGUUAAAUUCUUACUGUAAAACAAAAUAUUCAGUUAUUUGAGUUAUUCCCAGUCUUAUUUGUCUCCUGUAUUUCUCCGUCUUGUGUCCUUCAGUAAGGUGAAGAACUUGAUUGUGACCACUUUGCAACAAAUCACCUCACAGCCUAGCAAUGUUUGUGCAGGCUCGAUUGGGAUGAUGAACUGGACUCUCAUGUGCUGCUAAUGCUUCUGCCUUGUUGGAGUAGCUGAAAACUGUCAGACACAGACAUUUUUUGUAUCAUAGUUUUUGUGUUCUUAAAUGAAAAUAAAUCGUCUAAUUUUCUACAAGCUAUUUGGCCUUGUUAACUCACAAAUGUGCUUAUGAAGGAAGCAGUAACUAUUUUAGCUGUAUGUAAACAUAAAAAGUACAAACCAUGGAAGCCAAUGUCAAAAAUUAUGUUUAAUCCAAAUCUUUACAGCUAAAUCAAAAUUAAGACAGCAAGGUGGGGAACUGCCCAGGGGUCCCCGAAAGCUGCAGGUUUGCUACUCUAUUUCUAUCCGCAUAAUUUGAUUAAUUGCAAAUUUGUAAGAAAUUUCCACCACAUAAGUUUCCAUCUUGUGGCCCCGUCUGAUGAGGGACCCUGUCUCAUAAUAUAGUUUUAAGACCUUGAAUGUGUUUGUUUAUAUUGAUCUCCUUUAUUUUAAAGUUGUAUUUUAUUAAACUGCUCUAAAUUU